CUUCCCACUCCGGAUGCAGAGGAACUUCCUCCUGCCUGCACUUUUAUGUCAGGACCUUGUUGUCGGACUAUAUAAGACCUCCUCUGAGUUUGAGGGUCUCACCGAGACCAGAACCAACUAAACCUGGACUCUGACGAUGAAGCAGAACUCCUGAGCUCCGGAUCUGCUGUGAUUCUCCUGGUUGUGGAUCAGCUGUGAGGAUCUGAUGGCAGAGCUAAAGAUGGACCGUGAAGACCCGAGUCAGACCCCAGAUGAUCUCCCCAGCUGUUCCAGUUUAACCACUAAGGAGCUGCAGCAGAACUGGAGGCAGGAGAAGCAGAGAGAGCGACCAGUCCGGCUGCUAUUUGAGAUCCCAUCUACUCGGAUUGUGGAACAACAUCUGAGCAAAUAUGUGCUGUAUGUCGUCGUGGUGAUGCGCUCUGGCAGCUUUGAUUCCCGCCGUGUUUCUGUGGAGCGUCGCUACAGCGACUUCUGCCACUUCCACCAGAAACUUCUGGCGGAGUUCGGGGAGGAGCUGGAGGAGGUUCUUCUGCCCCGAAAACUUCUGACAGGGAACUUCAACCCUGAGAACAUCUCUGAGCGUCGGCUGGCUCUGCAGGACUACCUGGCGAAGCUGUACACCAUUCGCUGCAUCAGACACUCCGCUCACUUCUCAGAGUUCUUCACCGACCAGGAGCUGAGGCAGGCCCAUGUACUGCUCAGAGCGGGUCAGUUUCCAGCAGCUCAGCAGCUGCUGCAGACAGUUCUGGAGAUCCAGGAGAAGCUGUUACCGUGGCAGAAGCCCACACUGAUUGUACCAACCCUGUGUGCCCUCAGCGUGUGUUACCGGGACCUGGAUGAACCGGAGCAGGCGUUUGCCACCGCUCAGAGAGCCCUGCCUCCGGUGAGGCGCUACAAGCUCCAGGUCUACAGAGCGGCUCUGCUGGAGCUGCUGGUGGACCUGGGGUACCAGCUGGGCAGACCGGUGGCCCAGCUCCAGGAUGAGCUGACCACCCUCAGAGAUGCUGAGAGGGGAGAGGUCUCCCUUCGCUCUCUGAAGGAGGUGGUGAUCCACGAGUUCAUCUGAGCUUCACACAGAGACUAAAGCAGACGGACAGACUGGAGACAGCAUCUGAAAGUCAGACUGAUGGUUGGAACGAGGUGCUGCAGAUGUUACCAGGAGAUGAUGAAGACAUCUGUCUCCGCAGGUUAACAGUCUGCUGUGGGGAAUGGAGAAGAAGGUUCUGGUAAGGAUGAACGAGGUUGGAGAGGAGCUGAGGAGGAAAGACAUGGAGGAACCAGGAGGAGGAUGGUUCUAGAUGUGAAACUGAGCUGGGAGCCUGUUCAGGACUUUGUUGGGUAACCCAAACCGGAAUCCAUUGUGGACUGGAUCACAGCCUGAUGGAUCAGCAGAGCUGUGAGUCCAGUUCUGCAAGAGAUCCACCAACAUGUUUCUGUAGCGGUAAACCGGAUCAGAUGGACUCAGACUCAAUAAACAGCUGAUUCACUAACAGUUUCUGAACAAACCUAAUGAGUGAGAACCAGAAUCAGGUGGGUAGUUAAUCCAAUCACACGGGUUAGUUAGUGAAAACCAGGCUGAGCAGAGUGAACGUGCUCCAUCUCCUCUGCAGAGGAACCAGUUUCACCACACGUUGCUCAAUAGAACCUGAAGAAGAAAGACUUCUGUCUCCUUCUGCUUUUCUGCUGCAGGGAGUUUACUGAAAGUGAU